AUGAUGUUGGACUACUUUCCCGGAAUUCGAGGUACUCAAGGUGAUAAUUUGGCCAACAAACCUUUGCAACAACAUCAGAAUCAGCCACUACAGCCAUUAAUUACACUUGUAGAAGAAGCCGUACAUGCUAAAAAGUCCGACUGUAUUCAACAGCAACUAGCUGUUUCACAACAAUCCCAGCAACAACAACCAUACCAACAGCCCCAUCGAGUGCCACAAAUCAAUUCCAAGCAACCGCAAGUGCAAGGAACUGCAACCGCAAAUUUAGUUAUUAGCGACAACAUUAAUAGUAACAUAUCCAAAGAACGUGCUGCUGGAGAAAGUAAUAACCGACAACAAAAACAAAACUACAGUGCUAAUACCGCAAUUAACCUGCCGAUUAAUAUUUCGGGAUCGACAGGAGCUUCGGAAGCUAUUCAAAAUCCCAAUAUUGCACCGACACAAUUUCAACAAGAUUUCCCGUCUAAUGAAACUCCGGGGUCACAAGCACCCGUAAUCGUGGAGGCAGCCGGAGCAUCUGAAUUGUCUACAAAUUUGGGAACACAGAUGCUAGUGACUGAAUUAAAUGCGCAUAAUAUGCAACUUACAGAAGUAAUACAUACUGACGAUAAACAAAAUGAUGCACAUGGUGCUGUGACCAAAGAAGUGAAACAAACUACUAAUGGCAUAGAACAAUCGGAAGCGAGAAAUAGUGCUGCCAUCACACAAUGUGCUGAGAUUUUGUUAACGUCGACGACUGAAAACAAAAAUAAUAAUAAUUCGAUAGAUGAAGCUGUGGUCAAUCAUGUUGACAAUAAUGUAAGCAGAAGUAGCCAGUCCUCGUUGAUUGACACUAAACCUGCCCAAGAUCAAGCCCAACCCCAAUUGCAGCAGCCGCAUAGUUCCAUAUGUAGAAGUAGUACAACGUCGGUAAUUGAAUACCAUGAGACUGAUCGUGCCCUCCAUCAACAACAGCAAAUAUCUAAUAAUAUAGAAGAAAAUUCAGAGCAAAGUAGUACAUCCACAAUUUCAGGUGAUAUUACGGCUUCUGCAAUGACAGAAAACAUAACUACACUACCAACAAGUGAAAUAACAGACUCAGCAGAUGCGAGUAGUUGUGUUAAAAAUGGUAACAGUGACACCGAGAAUAAUGCCAAUGCAAAUGCUGACGCUUCUGGUAAUAAUCCAACCAUUAACAGGCCAUCCGAAUCAGACGGCAGCAAUACUCCAGGUGGUAACGAUCAGUCAUUCUCGCAACAAUAUUUGAUAAACUACUAUGAGGGCCAAUGGUCACCUAGAAACCCAACAGGGAAAAAGCAGUACGGCAGAGAGCAACUUUUGCAGUUACGGGAGUCGAAGGCCUCGCGCCGGCAGCCUGAAGUGAAUAAUAUAUCUAUAUUACCGACACCCAAUUUGAUGCCAUCCUUCGUCCGUAAUCCCAAACGUGUGCAAUCUAUGGUAGGUUCAUUGAGCAGUAAUCGCGGUGCGGCUGGGAGCGUUUCUGGAGUAGAUGGCGGCGCUAACUAUGGAAACAAGCAGACUUCAAUGUCAGGAGUUCAUGGUCGGGGAAGCAUGAAAGGAAUGAUACACGUGAAUCUUUCACUAAACCAGGAUGUUAAACUGAAUGAAACUGACAACGCCUGGCGACCUAGAGUAUUGGUUAAAGGCACCGAGGCCGAAGCCGAUCCCGAGGCUAAAGCGAAACGUGAAAAAGAGGAUCUUAUACGUAGAUUGCGAGGCAUAUUAAAUAAGCUAACGCCCGAGAAGUUUGAUGCUUUGGUUGAAGAAAUUAUUAAGCUCAAAAUCGAUACACCUGAUAAAAUGGAAGACGUAAUGGUUCUUGUGUUCGAAAAAGCUAUAGAUGAGCCGAACUUUUCCGUUUCAUAUGCACGUCUGUGCCAUCGUUUGAUUACUGAAGUGAAAGCGCGAGACGAACGAAUGGAAAGUGGUACAAAGACUAACUUGGCUCAAUUCCGUGCAGCUCUAUUAGAUAAAACAGAACGGGAAUUCACACAAAACGUUACAAAGAGUAAAGCAAAGGAAAAGAAGCUGCAACCGAUUAUUGAAAAAAUCGCUAAAUGUACUGAUGGAACCGAAAAGGCUGAAUUAGAAGCGCAGCUGGAAGAAGAGGAACGAAAAAUUCGCCGACGUUCCGGUGGAACAGUUCGUUUUAUAGGAGAACUUUUUAAAAUCUCUAUGCUUACCGGAAAGAUUAUAAACUCAUGCAUUGAAGCCCUGUUAAAUCCCAAUUCGGAAGACCAGCUUGAAUGUUUGUGUAAACUUUUAACGACCGUUGGUGCAAAAUUUGAGCAGACACCUAUUAACACGAAGGAAUCUUCUCGUUGCUAUUCUUUGGAUAAAACAAUAGGUCGCAUGCAAGCGAUAGCUUCUAAAUCAGACAAAGAAGGAGCGAAGGUUAGCUCACGUGUUCGUUUCAUGCUUCAAGAUGUGAUUGACUUACGGCGUGACAAAUGGCAAUCUAAACGCAACGAAGCUCCAAAGACAAUGGGCCAGGUGGAAAAAGAGAUGAAAACUGAGCAAUUGUCAUCACAAUAUUACAAUUAUGCUGGAUCCGUUUCGGGCGGUAGUGGAGGUGGUUCCAAUGGAACAUCAUCUUUAGGUUCUGGGGGCAAACGGGAUGAACGUGGUCGAUAUGCCGACUCACGGUCAAAUUAUGGUGGUAGUCACAGUCAGAGAGGCGAUACUGGUAGCCUAAGGAGGCAGCAGGGUGGUGGGAGUAGUGGUAAUAACGGUGGGAGCGGAGGCCACUCAAAUUCCAAUAAUGACGACAGCACAUGGAUUGUUCAAACUAGUAAGGGAAGUCGUUGUUUAGAUACAAACAAAUUGGAGGGUUUGACAACCGCCAAUAACUUCGACACUAAGAAAAUGGGCGGAGUUUCUCAGUUUAUAUGGUCACAUGGAUCACGACAAUCUUCUACACCCACGUCGACUCCUACGAAUUCCUUUGCAGCUCUAUCUGCACUCAGUGAUACUAAUAGAAGUAAUGACAGGGACCGUGAUCGUGACAGGGACCGAAGUGGGCCUCGCAGCAAAGGAUCAUACACUAAAGGAUCCAUCGAGCGCGAACGCUAUGGUAUGCACCCGCGAUCUGGUUCCUCUCAGGCAUCUCGAGAAAGCUCUUCUUCACGGGGACCCCAAACAUCACGCUCAUCGAUGAGUACAGCUGUAAUGCAGAAGUCUUUGAGCCACUCUAAAUAUACACAGCAGCAAUUGCCAUCAUCGAAUAGAAUAACAAAAGCUACGCUUUCGUCGACAGGGUCAUCAUUACAUCCCCAACGUGGAAUUGAUACAUAUUCCCAUUCAAAUCAACUAGGUGAAAGCAGCAGUAGCGGGACACCUACUGAGCCGCCAACUGCAGUUUUUGAAGUAUCUAGCUCUGGUGAUAUCAGAGUAUUAAAGUCGAUUGUUUCAGAGAUGAUAGAAGUAGCUUCAAACUCUAAAACAUUGAAGAACUUUGUAGAGCCAUGUAUACUUCGAAUUCGGGAAAGUCAACGUAGUGCUCUUUUGUAUUAUAUUAUGACAGAUUACUUGCAUUUGCAACAUAUAGGAAAACUGCAAAGACGUUAUUUGGGCAAUAUAGUGGUUUAUUUAAUUAACAAUAAUUUUAUAUCCCGCGAACAUUUUCUAUUAGCUUACAAGCAAUUCUGUGAAAUAGCCAGUGAUUUAGCGCUCGACAUUCCUGAUCUCUGGAAAUAUAUCAUCGAAUUUACGGGCCCAUUGGUAAGCAAAAGAUAUAUAACAGUCCACGAUCUUUGGAAUAAGCAAGUGAAAGGGGAUAAUGCUCCGAGCUUUGGAAAGAAGUUCCUGAAAAUAUUUUUGGAUUACUGUUUAAGUGAAAUUGGUCCUAAUUUUACCCGUACCAUGUGGAAAAAGACGAAUAUAAAAUGGACAGAUUUUAUGGAUGAGAGUGAGGUCAAAACUUUUAUACAAACAAAUAAGUUGGAAUAUAUUGACAACGAAAUAAUACAGCCUACAAUAGUCAUUAUUGAACCGAAGGAAGAUUAUAUAAAUAGAGUUGCUGAGAAGGUGGAACGCUUGUUAAAAGAGGAAACUUCGGCAGGUUGUAUAAUAGAUUACAUUAAUGGAAAUGUUGUUGAUAUUGAUAAGCACUUUAUCAGAAGUUUAGCUACUAAAUUGUGUGAUUUUGCAAUUUCAUACAAGGAAAAUAGUUAUAAGUUGGAUACGGAGUGCUUCCAAAAAAUUUGCAUACCUGUUUUACAUCGGUAUAUUGAUUCAAAAGAAGAAUAUGAACUAGAAUGCUUAUACUCAAUGCAGCUAUUAGUAGCGCGCCUGGAACAUCCCAGAGGGUUGCUGAGCGAUCUGUUUGGAGAACUUUAUGAUGCUGAUGUAAUACCACAAGAUUCCUUUAUUAAGUGGCGGGACUCGAAGGAUCAAUCAGCUGGCAAAGGUGUCGCUGUCAAAGGACUUAAUCCGUUUUUCAACCAUGUACUUAGCAGCGAGACUAGCGAUGAAAAUAAUUAACGGAACUUUAAUCAACAACACAUGCCUUUAAGGAAAGACUACAUCCAUAAUAUUUGCUUUAAAGUGUAUGCAAUUAGGAAGGUCUUAUAAAUAUUAUUGUAAAUCUUUUAUCACAUAUAAAUAUAUACAUGCGUAUAAUGAUAGAAGCAAGCUGAAAAUGAUAUAUAUUUUUUUUUAUAGCAGUAAGGAAUAUUUACGAAAGUUCAAGUGAAAAUAUAUUAAUAUAACUAUUAAAGAAAUGAAAUCAAUAGAUAAUGGAAAAUUGGUAUGAAAAUGAAUAUAGUAUAAGAUAAUCUUAUAAAAAUAUUAGGGACUUCCUUUAUGUUCAGAAUCGCUUAAAAUUUGUGAGAACAUUUAUCUAUGUAAAAAGUGAAUAAAAACUAAGGAGCAAGUUGUUGAAUGAAUUGUAAUAGAAAAUGACAUUAUUCCGAUGUAUGAGUACUAUGGAAAUCAUACAUGAAAUUAAUACCUUUCAGAUCUAUCUAUCACUAGCGCUCAUAAUUACAUCUCAGAGAGAUUAACGUAUGUAAAAUUAAUAGUUAAGCUUAUUGUAAACAAGUUUUUAAACCUAUACAUCAACUAAAACGAAAAAAAAACAAAUGCUUUUAAA